CUGUGUGGGAAGUUUGUGUCUCAGAUAGGCUGAAGCGUUGGUCUGCAGAGUGUCUGGAGCCUAAGUGUAUGCAAAGAAACUGAUAAAUAGGGAAAAGGCCCAGUUUGCUCCAGCUGGAAAUCAGAAAGUUGAAGUAACUGCUGCAUCCUCACAGACCCACUCUAGGAAGAGAGGGCAUUCUCUCCAGAACUACUGUAUAUUUUCUUCUUAAAAGCCCAUCAUACACCAAAGUGAAUGAAACAGUGGGAGCUGGAGCAGAGUAUGGCAAAUACCUUUGUAACUGUAUCUGAUGGGUACUGUCUUGCUGAACCCAUUCAAUAUUAUGAUGUUUUGCCAGAGCACAUCAAUUAUCAGCUGCAAGACUCAGACUUUCAGGCUACUCCUUACUGCCAGUAUUCAACUGUUCAGUUUCCUCCAGUGUUACAGUCACAACCUUCCCAGUCACAAUACAACACAUACAGCCUGGAUUCUCAGUACAGUGAUGGGCAGUACAUAAUCAGUAAUUGUGAAUUAAACAAGCCCCCCUGCAUGGUUGCCCAUAAUGAUGAUGAUGGAUAUCAUGGACUAAAAAGGCCAAGACUAAGUCAUUCCUCCUUGCGAAUGAAGGGUCAGGAAGAGCUCUGUGUUGUAUGUGGGGACAAAGCCUCAGGAUACCACUACAAUGCGCUCACUUGUGAAGGCUGUAAAGGAUUCUUUCGACGUAGUAUUACCAAAAAUGCAAUAUAUAGAUGCAAGAAUGGUGGCCACUGUGAAAUGGACAUGUACAUGCGGAGGAAGUGUCAGGAGUGUCGCUUGAAGAAGUGUAAGGCUGUGGGAAUGUUGGCAGAGUGUUUGCUGACUGAAGUCCAGUGUAAAUCAAAACGACUCCGAAAGAAUUUCAAGCAGAAGAGCAGUUUCCUUUGUAGCAUCAAGGUGGAAGAUGAGGGAGUAAACAGCAAGCAUGUUUCAUCCACAACUAGGCCUGGAAAAAUCCAAGAGAGGAUGGAACUAACUCCAGUGGAACAUCAACUUAUUGAUCACAUUGUGGCAGCCCAUCAAAAAUAUACAAUUCCCCUAGAGGAAGCAAAGAAGUUUCUGCAGGAAACUGCAAACCCUGAAGAGAGUUUUCUGCGGCUCUCAGAGACAGCAGUUGUUCAUGUGCAAGUACUAGUGGAUUUCACAAAGAGACUCCCAGGAUUUGAAAGUUUAGCCAAUGAUGACCAGAUUGCAUUGUUAAAAGGUUCAACGGUGGAAGCAAUGUUUUUGCGUUCGGCCCAGAUAUAUAAUCAAAGAGUUAAUGAAUGCCAGUCAUCAGUGAGUGAAAGUCAUGUAAGAUUUUCUGAUCAUGCUGUGUAUUGUCAUGUUCAAGACAUUGAUAAAAGCACUAUUUAUUCCAUGGAAAUAUCUCACAGUGAAGAGAGUCCAACUUCCACAACUACCACAGGUAUCACUGAGGAGUUUAUCACUGCGCUAUUUUACUUCUACAGAAGCAUGGGAGAACUUAAUGUGACUGAGACGGAAUAUGCCCUACUUGUAGCAACUAUUAUAUUUUUUUCAGAUCGCCCACUCCUAAAAAACAAACAACACGUGGAAAAACUCCAAGAACCCCUUUUAGGUAUUUUGUACAAAUAUUCAAAAAUUUAUCAUCCAGAAGAUCCACAGCAUUUUGCACGCCUCAUAGGGAGGCUUACCGAACUCAGGACCCUCAAUCACAACCAUUCAGAAGUGCUAGUAACUUGGAGGACAAAAGACCCCAAACUGACCUCUUUACUCUGUGAAAUUUGGGAUUUGCAUUGAACUAACCUAUAUUACUGUUGUUAUACAAAUGGCUGAUUUUCCUUAAACUUGCAGAAAUGCAAACUGUUCAGAAACGUCUUACUUUUAUAAAAACAUACUAAAAUUUUCACUUUUAUUUUA